AUGACGAUGAGCCAGAUGACCUCGUUGGUGAAGGCGAAGAUGGCGCAGGAGAAGGACAGGGUUUUAGUGAUGACGGAGGCGGUGAGGCUGAGGAAGGCCCAGGCUCUGACGGGCAGGGGGCUGAGGACGAGGCUGGCGAUGGUGGAGAUGAAAAUGGAGAGCAAUUGCCAUGAGGACGAGGCCGGCGAUGGUGGGAUGGUGAAUUUGUGGAAGAGGAGGCGUGGAUGGGUGGGAGGCGAGUUAAAUCUUUUACGUGUUGGACCGGAAGAAGAGGUAAUUGAGUUUUUACGAGUACAACAGAGAGAGCUCGUCGUUGCUGGGGGAGGGAGGCCUCCCUCCUUCCCCCAGGAAGGCCCAAAUGGAGGUGUUCUAGCUUGGGAGUGCGGCGGGUUUUGUGUCUUUAACGGAGGUUCUGGCCGUUUAAGAUUGUCAAAUAACAGAGACAGAGCAUGGUUGCCUAACGUUAUAGUUUUUACAGGGGGACUUCUUUACAAAGGAAGUGCGAGCAAUUUGCAGUAUGUUACUUCCACAGCUUUCCUGCUCCUGGCAUAUGCAAACUAUCUUAUCUCCAAUGGCGGAGUUGCCACAUGUGGUAGUUCAAAGGUGACAGCAGAAAAUCUCAUCGCACCGGCAAAGAAGCAAGUUGACUACAUUUUAGGAGAUAAUCCUGCAAAGAUGUCUUACAUGGUGGGUUUCGGGGAGAAGUACCCCCAGCAUGUCGACCAUAGGGGCUCCUCUGUACCAUCCAUACACGCACACCCUGCUCAAAUUUCCUGCAACGAUGGGUUUCAAUACCUCAAAUCCGGUUCCCCCAAUCCAAAUGUCCUUGUUGGAGCUAUAGUUGGUGGCCCUGAUAGCGGAGACAAUUUCUCCGAUGAUCGGAAUAACUACCAGCAAUCUGAGCCGGCUACAUAUAUAAAUGAACCAUUUGUUGGUGCUCUUGCUUUCCUCUUAGGCAAUCCCACACUAAGUAAUAACACUCUCAUUACCUAUGGCUUGAGGAUUAGUAUCUGUACCAUGUAA